GAAUUUACAUCAGAGGUGCCUUCAGCGAGCACAGCCGAUUCACAGACUUCCUGUGUGAAACUAUUAUCCACUUUGCCCCAACUGUCGGCGUCGGCCUGAUUGAAAAAUAUCGACCUGGAAGCGUCUAGAUCUCGGCAGCCUGUUUUCAGAUAGAGUGCCAUAAAAAUAAUAAUUAGGCCUACCGCAAGGACCGAACAGCAGGCAGGCCUUCAGGUGAUGAGAUCGGCUUGUGUAAGCAGCGCACGGUGUGGAUCUACUUGUCUUGAUUGUGUUGGAGCGGUAACCUGAUAUACAGCCGGUGAAAAUCUCCGACUCUGCCCUGGUAUGGAUGGGCUAAUAGCCGCGGGUGCUUUAUAAGUUUAUUUUAGGUAAUAGAGACGCUUGUUUUGUUACAGCCUUUUCCGCCUUCCCCCCUUCUCUCUCUCUGCCCACCCUCCCUGCUCAACUUUACCUUUGCUGAAAUUCUUUGCUUCUUAAAAUGCUAGUCGUUGGAAGAAAGCGAUAGGUAUAGAUGUGAAGCGCAUGCGCUUUGAAGAAUUUAUUUCUUUUUGUCGAGCGGCGCAUCCGUGCAAGUACCGGAGAGGAGGCAACUUUAGCAGGUGAGAGAGAAGCGAAAAGGGGGAGAGAGAGCCGGGGAGAGGGAGGGCUAGUUUUCUGCACUUGAACGUAACCAGACGCACACAUAGAGCGUGGGAGCACAAAGCACACGGAGCCAGCUAAAGACGCCGCUGUUUCACACGCUCUGUCCUCUUGGCACCGCGCGCACUCGCUCGCCAAGCCGCACCGUUUGGAAGAUAAGGGAAAGUUGUCUCUCUUUCCUUGGAGCAUACAGCCUGGAUUCGACUUUUUUUUUUUAAUUUUCCUUUUUACCCCAGCAACUUGUUCAGCGGUGGACUUAAUUUUUUUCUCGCGUGCAAUUUUUUGACUCAGGCUGAGGGAAUUAUCAGAGCACUGCAGAAUGGAAGGUAAAUUGACAAGUCGUGUGUGGCGAGGAUCACCGUGUGGAUCUUUCUGCAGCUGUUUUCACCAGACAUCUAAGCUGCUAUAAGCGCACGGAACGCUUUUAAUAGAUACACUAGUGGGGCGAUCCUGCACACUAAAAACUCGAAAACAGAAGAACUCUCAGCCUCAUCAAGCACUUUUCCAAGAGAUCCGGAUAUAAAAGGCAAAGUUUGCCUUCAGUAACCUGAAAUCCACCUGGCCAGAUCUGGGAUUAUUUCAUCAAUAACGUCUGCAGAGAGUGGAUUGCUACUUCUAAAGCGCUGUUCUCCCUGAUCUCUGGCAGUAUGAACAUGAGGCUAGGUUGUGUUUGUCGGCCAGUUUGCUGGCCCUGUGGCAGCUUGCUGGACUCCAGGCACUGUGUCUUUGCCCUCACACUCCUCACACUCCUCAUGCAGGUGGUCGUGGAGGCCAACUCAUGGUGGUCUUUGGCCAUGAACCCUUUACUGAUCCCAGAGGCCUACAUCAUCGGGGCCCAGCCUCUGUGCAGCCAGCUGGUGGGCCUGUCUCAGGGCCAGAAGAAACUGUGCCAGCUUUACCAGGACCACAUGCAGUUCAUUGGCGAAGGUGCCAAAAUGGGGAUUCGAGAAUGCCAGUACCAAUUCAGGCACCGGCGCUGGAACUGCAGCACGGUGGACAACGCCUCUGUUUUUGGACGCGUCAUGCAAAUAGGCAGUCGGGAAACGGCGUUCACCUAUGCCAUCAGCGCAGCAGGCGUGGUGAACACAGUGAGCCGCGCCUGCAGAGAGGGCGAGCUCAACAGCUGCGGGUGCAGUCGGGCCGCUCGUCCCAAAGAUCUACAGAGAGACUGGCUGUGGGGCGGAUGUGGAGACAACCUCAACUAUGGCUACAGGUUCUCCAGGGAGUUUGUGGAUGCACGCGAAAGGGAGAAGAGCUAUCCAAAAGGCUCGUACGAUAGCGCAAGACUGCAGAUGAACCUUCACAAUAAUGAGGCAGGAAGGAGGGCGGUGUCGAACCUUGCCGAUGUGUCGUGCAAGUGCCAUGGUGUGUCUGGAUCCUGCAGCUUAAAGACCUGCUGGUUGCAGCUGGCCGACUUCCGUAAGGUGGGCGACGCUCUGAAGGAGAAGUAUGACAGCGCAGCAGUCAUGAAGCUUAACUCGCGCGGCAAACUGGUGCCAAUGCACAGCAAUUUCAACGCUCCGACAAGCAACGAUCUGGUGCAUAUCGACCAGAGUCCAGACUACUGCUUAAAGAACCAAAGCACUGGCUCCAUAGGCACCGUGGGGCGCCUUUGCAACAAGACGUCAGAGGGCAUGGAUGGAUGCGAGCUGAUGUGCUGCGGCCGAGGUUACGACCAGUUCAAGGCACACCUUGUGGAACGAUGCAACUGCAAGUUCCACUGGUGCUGCUAUGUGAAGUGCAGGGUGUGCACCAAAGUUGUAGACCAAUUCGUCUGCAAGUGAUGAAAGACCCGUUGCCUUGCGGAUGAUGGUUGUACAUCUGUAUGAAUUCAUGAGCUGUGGAACACAGGAUGGAAGAAAGAAACUAUAUAAAUUAUAUUUAUAGAGUUAAACAAUUAUGUCCUUUUGCAAAAAAAAAAAAAAAGACCCUCUUAAAAACAAAACAAAAAACUUUUCCUUUUUAGAAACCAAGAGUAUUGUUAAAUAUUUAUUUCCAGAUUGCUAUGUUUUUAUUCUGGCCGAGUCAAUAUCAGCUACUUUUUUAAAAGUUUUUUUUAGUCUGAGUUCUCUAAAACUCUCAAUCUCUUCAUCCCUUCCUCCCUAGAGCAUUUUUUUUCACUAGAAAACUUAAUUCCUCUUUGCAAGUGGCUCACACUAAUGGAUGUGGUCUGUAAAGAAAGCUUGUGCCUUCCACUUUCUAACAAAAGUGGUGUUUGAUGUUGUCUGAUAAUUGGUUUAGAAAUUCACCAAUUCAUGAACUGGUCAUGAAUUGGCGGGUUAAGGUGCUUGUGUGCCAUGUGUGGCUCUUCACAGGGCCAGUUCCAAGAUAUCACAAUCCUUUACUUCUCACUUCUAUACACAGAGGAAUAAUUGAGAUGUUUGCUUUCUGUGAAUCCUUGCAUUAUGAGGGGGAGCUUCAGUGAAACGGCUAUUUUUAAUUUUUAAUUUUUUUUAUGUGGGGACACUGGGCCUUUUAUUAAGCUGUCCCAGAAGCCUUAACUUUCCCCAGGUGCUGCAAAUGGCCCUUUGUUCAUUAUGCACUUUGACGCAGAGACUUUAACCUGUCUGUAUGUGUCUCUUCAACUGUUAUCCAUAUAGCCAUAUCAUAGUCUCCUUUUUUCAAUAUUAAUUCAGAUUAUCCAUUUAACAUUAUUUUACAGUACUUAUCAUGGUUCAUAUGUAUGGGCAAUGUCAUGGUGAACAAUGGUGAAAUAUUAAGUGCUCUCUGUAAAUAGUAUAGCAUAGUCUAUCCAGCCAAUCAAUAAACUGUAUUUAUUUUUUUAACCCAAUCUUUCUUUAAGCCUAAAGAAAGAAAAAUAUUGUUUCUAUAAACUGAUGAUUAAGGUUAAUUUUAAGGUCACUUUUCCAAAUUGUUGUUUCUCACUGACACAUGGCGCUUCACUGUUUUUAUAAAGGGAAAUGCACCUUAUUGUUCAGAAACAAAACCUUUCACUCACGUUUGGCUUUACAGCUACACCAUUUUUUUGUUCCACAGAUGUUCCACCAUGCUAUGGUCCCUGUAAGGACUUUUAUUAGGUGUAUUCCAACAACCCAACAAUGUGUAUUUAUAAGCUUCUUUUAAUGAAUUUGAGGUUUGUUGAACUUAAUGUAUUAUAGUUGCUAUUUUGUUACUUUUUACAAAUUGGCUCAAUGCUCUUCUUUCUUUCAAUAAAUAUGAAAUGUAAAACAA